GCCAAAACAAUCGCCAGUCCGGCCCCGCCAUCAUCUUGACAGUUGACACGCGUUGUUCGACGAAAACGAGGGAAAGCAACGGAAAGCAACGAAUUGGCCCAGAAUUGCCCUGCUGCAACUAGCAUGGAAAGCGGGGGGCCGCAAGUGCCGCCAGAGGAGGCCGCACAGCAGCAAUAGCGAAGCGCAACAUAGCUUGUAGCCAGUUACGGCUCCAAGCAGCAAAAAGAACCUAAUCGAUUUCGCCAAUCGAACCCUCCCUUCCCACUGCGUAUUAGUAUGCCGCCCCGUCGUUCCCAUAGAAAGUCCAGGGCCGGCUGCCGGCGGUGCAAGUCGCGCAAGAUCAAGUGCGAUGAAGUUCAUCCGCGAUGUGGCAACUGCGUCAAGCACGGCGUUGCAUGCGACUUUGAGCAUCCCGAAGUUCUGACAGAGCUUCAAGCUGCCUCUGUUACCGCCACAGCCGAGAGUCCCUGUACGCCUGCCACGACGGUUCAUUUCGGGUCACCCGUCCCCAGCGCCUCGGCUACCCCCUCUCGUUCUUCUCUCGCUGCCGCACCAUUGUGCCGCACGCCCCAACCCCCGAGCAUGUCCCCGACGACACCGCCGGGCCAACGGCUACUCGAACUGAGGUUGAUGCACCAUUACACGGCCAUGACGUGCAAGACGUUCACUUUCACUGCCCCCCUGACCGAGGAGAUUUGGAAGAUCACGGUGCCGAACCUUGCCUUCUCCGGGUCCCAGCACCUAGCCGACGCCAUUCUCGCAGUUGCCGCGCUGCACCUUCGAAGCAUGGUGCCAAACGACAAGGAGCUGGUACGCGCCUCGCAUGCAUACAUGGCCGCUUCGCUCGCCGAGUACAGCGCAGCCCUCACAAAGGGCAUCAACCACACCAACGCCGAGUCCCUUUUCCUGACUUCGGCUUUGAUUGCCUUCCAAUCCACCGCAACUCGCGUCUUUAUGAAGGACGAGCUCGAUGUUGGCCUAGGACACGAUAUCGACGGAAAUUCCAAUAAGCAGCGGAGCCAGGGGCCCGGGUGCUACUCCAUUCCCUUCUCCUGGUUCCAUUCCUUCCAGGGUGUCAAAGCCAUCACGGCAGCAUCGUGGCAAUAUCUCCGGGUCAGCCCGGUGGUGACUCAAGUCAUCAAUUCGCAAACCGCUCUGCAGCUGGACUUUACCACUGGGCCCGAUACCUUCUUUGGGCACCUCCUCGAUGGCCUUGAGGAGGAGCUCGCCGCCUUAGGGACCGAACCCGCCGGCGCUCCUGGCACACCCCUAGGCGGCAUCCCCUCGGCAGAGGUAGCAUCACGCUCUGCCACUGACGCAGACCCAAAACCUUCCCAUUCCGAACUCGUCGCCUCCACCCGGCAAGCAUACCAACACGCCGUCGCCGUCCUCAAUUGGGCGCACAAGAUCCCCCACAAGGGCGCCCCGCUGGCCUUCCCCGCGACCGUGUCGCGGCGGUACAUUGAGCUGCUCGAGGAACGGCGGCCGCGGGCGCUGGCGAUCCUGGCUUGCUUCUUCGCGCUGCUCAAGUCGAUGGACGGCGUGUGGUGGCUGCAGGGCAUGGCGCGGCGCGAGGUGCUGGGCGUGGUGAGCCUGUUCAACAGCGACUUCUUUGGGCCCGACGCCUACCGCACCUGGUGGCCCCACCUGGAGUGGGCCAUGCGCAUCGCACUGUACGAGUAUGAGCGCGACGAUGAUGGCGCCGCCGUCGCUGCCAUCCCCCCGGAGAUCUGGGGCGCCGACUGGUAUGCCGAGGAACGCGCCCUCGCCGAGGUCCAGGAGCAUGGGAGCUACUUCAAGCAUAUUGAAAUGCUUAGCCAGAUGGGCGGCUCUAUGCAGAGCAUACCCCCGCUUACCAUGCCCGAGCGCGCGGUUAUGGCUGGGCAGAGGUGAGGGCGGUGGGGAGAUAUGGGAUUGGACAAGGAGGCAGAGAACUGAGAAACUUGCUAGACUGAACUGUCUAGAAGCAUUCUAGCUACUGGGGAUCUUGGGCGCCGAGGUUCAGGUUCGUUAUGCCUCCUUGCGCUACUUUCUGGGGCCGCCUUAGUACUGACGCUGUACAACCCAGGCAAGCGUGAUAAAGCUGAGUGGAGGAGGGAUGCAGACUCAAGGACACGUGCUUAACAAAGCCGUUGACAGGUCCCUGCCAACUUGGUCUAAUGCAAGCCAGGACACGUUUUAGGGGGUCAAGAGACUCGGCAGGCGAAUCGCCGCCGACAGUAUCUGAGCGGCGCAAAACGGC